ACAGAACACACACACACGGAGCAACGCAGCGGUGUGGACAACAGCGUGCUAAGCUCCCAUGUGUCGCCGUUCUCGUAGCAAGCAGCAGCAGCAGCAGCCGCGUCUGUUUACGUCUAACACGAGUAGUCACUAGGACGGCAUCAGCGGGCGUAGAACAGACACAUGGAGGGAACGCGGAGCGGGGAGAGGCUCGCAGCAUAGACGCAUAUGGUGUUUGUGUCCCGUGUUAAAAAGACAAGGCAGUUUAUCGUAUGCGCUCAUUACAAUAGCCUCGUUGCGCAUUUGGAUGCCGAGCGUUUGCGGAGCCGCUGCGUUUGUACGUAGCGGAAUGAAGUAUACAGAAGGGACGUCGCAGAUUUAAAGAACGCAGAUCGAAGAAAGAAGCGUUGACAGCGAGGAGAAGAAUCAACAGCUUCUUCUGCUGUCCCCGAAGGAGCGGGGUUAUUGGAUGUGCUCCUCUGAAGAAUGGCUGGAGGCUUGGAGUGAUCUUGCAAGUGAUGUUGGGGCUGGCUUCUCGCAGCUUUGCUCAUCUGGUGUUUACCAAAGGAGGCAUUCGUCGCUUUUUUUGCAAGAUGAGUUAUUGAGCAAAAAAAAAGCCCCACGUUCAUUGCGAGACCCGACGGUCAAUUUGAUGAGCGCUUUGAUUUGAUGGCUGUAGAAUUGUCGGUCAUCGAUACGAGCAAAGGGGUUUGGGGGAUCCUUCCAGGCGUGUGAAGAGCGAGAGUGGACAUUUAAAGCUCAACUUUCAUCUCUGAGAGCUGAGUUUGGUUUUUGUCUCUGGAGGUGGCAAGAGAAGACCGUGGGAAGCUGUGACAAGUUGCAAUUUCUUGCCCAGUCUCAUUCUGAAAGUGACAUCGGGGACUAUCGAUUUGCGUGGAGUUUCCUUAAAGAAAGAACGAAUAUCCGUGGUCUCAUCUCAUGAGUUGAAUCUCCAUCUCUGCACAACUUUAAGGAGGCGUGACGAGAAGGGGGCAUUGAGAGAUCUUGGCCUCAUUUGAAUCCAAGCAGUCUGCUUUAGGAAAUCUGAAGGUGGAGUGAGCAGAGGGGAUUACAUCUGACCCAGGGACUUGGUGGGAACCUUCUACAAGACAUUUGGAAGAAGACUGCUGGAGGACACCGAAUAUUGAGGACAGCCUUGCCGGACCUGUUUGGACAACUUGUACAGAAGAACCCUUUACUUGGCCAAGUUGGCUUGUCGGUGACAGCAGUCGGUGGUGUUACGCGCCAGAGGGCACACGCAAGAAGGUUGACACUCAACUCGGGUCCUGGUGCCUUGAAGAUUUGGGAGUUGGCUGGAGAACGGGAGGGGAGGGGGUGUCCAUUUGGCUACCUUCGCUGGCACAUGGUCGCCGCCACCACCACCACCACCACGGUCGUUGUUCUUCCACGUUAACCAUGAGCGCGGCGGCCAAAUUCAAGAAGGAUAAGGAGAUCGUGGCAGAAUAUGAAGCGCAGCUUAAAGAGAUCCGGGCGCAGCUGGGCGAGCAGCUCAAGUGCCUGGAGCAGCAGACGGAGAUGCGAGCGCAGCUCCUCCAGGACCUGCAGGACUUCUUCCGCAAGAAGGCAGAGAUCGAGUUGGAGUACUCGCGCGGCCUGGAGAAGCUCGCCGAGCGCUUCAUGGCCAAGACGCGCAGCUCCAAGGACCACCAGCAGUUCAACAGGCGAGAUCAGAACCUGCUGUCACCCGUCAACUGCUGGUACCUGCUGCUGAACCAGACGCGGCGCGAGAGCCGGGAUCACGCCACGCUCAGCGACAUCUACCUCAACAACGUCAUCGUGCGCUUUGGACAAAUCGGCGAGGACUCGCAGCGCCUCUUCAAAAAGAGCAAGGAUAUUGGGGUGACAUUACAAGAUGACUUGCUCAAGUACAUCAGUGAGCUUAACACAGUGAUCAAGACGUACCACAUGUACCACGCGGAGAGCCUCAGCGCCGAGAGCAAGCUGAAGGAUGCCGAGAAGCAGGAGGAGAAGCAGUUCGGCCGCACCGGCGACCCCGUCUCCUAUGCCUUCCGCGCCGACGAGCGGCACCAGCGCCGCAGCUCCGUGCGCAAGAUGGAAAAGAUGAAGGAAAAGCGGCAGGCCAAGUACUCGGAGAACAAGCUCAAGUCCAUCAAGGCACGCAACGAGUACCUGCUCACGCUGGAGGCGAUCAACUGCUCGGUGCACAAGUACUACAUCCACGACAUCUCCGACCUUAUCGACUGCUGCGACCUGGGCUACCACGCGAGCCUGAACCGCGCACUGCGCACGUACCUCUCGGCUGAGUACAACCUGGAGAGCUCACGCCACGAGGGCCUCGACGUCAUCGAGAACGCCGUGGACGGCCUCGACCCGCGCAGCGACAAGCUGCGCUUCCUCGAGACCUACCACACCUUCUUCUGCCCGCCCACUAAGUUCGAGUUUCAGCCACACAUGGGGGACGAGGUGACCCAGGUGAAUGCCCAGCAACCGGUGCAGCUUGAAUUGGUGUCGCGCUACCAGCAGCUGCAGUCGCGCUUGGCCACUCUGCGCAUCGAGAACGAGGAGGUGAAGAAGACGAUGGAGGCGACCCUGCAGACCCUGCAGGACAUGGUGACCAUCGAGGACUUUGACAUGUCCGACUCCUUCCAGCACAGCCGCUCCACCGAGUCUGUCAAGUCCGCCACCUCGGAGACGUACAUGAGCCGCCCCAACGUGGCCAAGCGGCGCGCCAACCAGCAGGAGACCGAGUCCUUCUACUUCAUGAAAUUCAAGGAGUUCAUGAAUGGAAGCAACCUUAUAACCAAGCUGCAGGCCAAGCAUGAUCUCAUCAAUAAAGCCCUUGGAGAAAGUGCCAAGGGUGAUUUUAACUCCUUCAGAGGACGGAGAAACUCGCGCUUUAGAAGCCAGGACACUGGACAGGUCAUCCCCUUGGUGGUGGAGAGCUGCGUUCGGUUCAUCAACCUCUACGGCCUUCAGCACCAGGGGAUUUUCCGUGUCUCAGGCUCACAGGUGGAGGUCAAUGACAUCAAGAAUGCGUUUGAAAGGGGCGAAGACCCUCUGGUGGAGGACGAAGACAGCCAUGACAUCAACUCGGUGGCUGGAGUUCUGAAGCUUUACUUCCGUGGCCUCGAGAAUUCCCUCUUCCCCAAGGAGAAGUUCCACGACCUGGUCAUGUGUGUCAAGAUGGAGAACCUGUACGAGAGGGCCGCUCACAUUCGCAAGAUUAUUCUCACUCUGCCUCGCUCCACCAUCGUGGUGAUGCGCUACCUCCUCGCGUUCCUCAACCACCUGUCGCAGUUCAGUGAUGAGAACAUGAUGGACCCGUACAACCUGGCCAUUUGCUUCGGGCCGACACUCAUGCCCGUGCCCGAGGGACACGACCAGGUGUCCGUGCAGGCCCACGUCAAUGAGGUGAUCAAGACCAUCAUCAUCCACCACGAGGGCAUCUUUCCGGGGUCCAAGGAGCUGGAGGGGCCCAUCUACGAGAAGUGCAUGACUGGCGAGGAGGAGUACUGCGACAGCCCCCACAGUGAGCCUGGCACGAUGGAGGAGGCAGACCAGGACACGGGGACAGAGCCACACACCAGCGAGGAUGAGUGUGAACCCAUCGAGGCGGUCGCCAAGUACGACUACACGGGCCGCUCUGCGCGUGAGCUCAGCUUCAAGAAGGGCGCGUCGCUGCUCCUCUACCACCGCGCCUCCGACGACUGGUGGGAGGGGCGGCACAACGGCGCGGACGGCCUCGUGCCGCACCAGUACAUCGUGGUGCAGGACGCGGACGACACUUUUUCCGAUAGCCUGAGCCAGAAGGCGGACAGCGAGGCGAGCAGCGGGGUGCUCCUGGACGAUAAGGUCUCCUCCAAGAACGACGUCGGCUCUCCCACGGAGCGGCUCGCCGAGCUGUGCGUGGGCCACAUGGGCGGCAGGCCGAAACGCUCGUCCGAGGGGGUGAUGCCACCCACUGGCUCCCGCAGGCAGAGCAGGAACGGGGAGACCCACAGCCCCGUGAUGGGAGUGGGCAUGGGCGGGCCCCACAGCGGAGCUCCGCCGCUGGGCUGCGGCUUCCUCAGUGAGGUGCCUCCCCGCUCCACGUCGAGCCCCGGCAGCCCCCGCCGUCCGCCUCCUGUGCGCAGCAGCAGCAGUAGCGGCGUCAUGAUGGGAGUGUCCGGGCUGGCAGUGUCGGAGAGCCCGGAGAAACGUCGUGCCGGCCUCGGCUACGGAGUGGCGGUGCAUGCCGUCUCCGUGCCAGGCCUGCCGGCCAUCGGACUCGGCCGUCCCGACCGUGGCGCCGUGCGCUGCCCCCCGGGCGUGCCGCCGUUAGCGAUGACGGCGGUGUCUGGGGUGGGGGGUGCGCACCCCCACAUGGUCACCGACAGCCCGCCCGUGCGGAGAGUCGGGGGCCGCCACAGCAGCCUCUCGGACAAGUCGCUGGACGCAGAGGCAAUCGCACAGUCACAGUGUUUGUGUUGGGACCAGGACAUCGAGGAGACGCUCAAUUCUGCCCUCAACGAGCUGCGCGAGCUGGAACGCCAGAGCUCGGCGAAGCACGCGCCCGACGUGGUGCUGGACACCCUCCCAGGCGGCCCGCUACCCCCGCCGCUACCGCCUCCCUCCGCCUCCCCCUCCUCCCCCUCUCCCUCCGCCGCCUGCGCCGCCGCGACCCCCGGCUCGGCGUCUCACGCGCACGGCCACGGCCACGCGCACGGCCACGCGCAUUCGCCGUCGGCCUCCUCCGAGCCGCCCAGCCCGCUCCGUGUGGCGCAGCUAUCGGAGCGCCGAGGGCCGCCUGCCAGCACCGGGCAGCUGCGCCGCAGCACGAGCACCAACACGGGCGGCGGCGGCGGCACGGACAUUUUGUCGACGUUCAAGCCGGGAUCGCAGGCUCAGCCUCACCCGCCCGCGCUCAGGCCUAAGCCCUCGGCCGCUCACGGACGCCCCGGAGCCGGGUCUCCUUCAUCGGCCGGACCCGGGGCGGCUGUUGGAGGCGCGCAGCCCCCGCCCGGAGCAAAGGGUUACCCGGGCGGGCCCGGCGAUCGGUCGUGCACAAUGUAGGCGGGGUGCGGGUUGCUGAGCUGAGACACGCACAAGCGCGGGCAGCUGAUCCGCGUCUCGCCGGAGACGGAACGGACAAAGGACGAACGGCGUCACGUCGUAGGGAAGCGUCGACUGUGACGGAAUUGAAUUUGUACAAGUUGUUUGCGUUAAGUGUUGUUUGUGAGAAUGACACUCUCUGGAAUAGUAUAUGAGUAGGUCAAGUCAGAGUCUCCUCGCUCAAGUGAGUAUGGAGCAGUGCUCAUCUCCGUUGGCAGACCUGAGCCAUUGGUGGAAAUUCCACAUUGCUAUGGUGAUGAUCAGUCACUGCAUAGGAAAACCACUUUUGACUGAAAAUAAAAUCAUACUCAUCAACCCUGGUAGGGUUGUGGUUGAGAAAUAUAUAUAUGUAUAAUGAUGAUGACACCAUGCAUUGUAUGCCUGAAGUGCAUGCCUCUUAGUACAGCAUAAAACCCGAAUGUGAGCCAGCAUUGACGUUCAGUAAAUAAAUGCGUGCCAAGUUAGACUAUUGAAAGCCCUCAUAUGGAGUUGGAGAAGUUGGAGUACUUUCCAUGUGCCAUUAAGCCAAGGGAAAAAACAGAAGCACACAGACCGUAUUGUUUGACAGGGAUUUGUUCUAACAUGCACACAGCUUUGCAACGUUGGUAAUUAAAAGCAUGCAUAUAUCUAUAAAUAUAUGCAUUGCUUUUAUGUAUGUUGGUCAAAACAAAUACAUUUUAUCUGCUUUUCUGAGAUGUGUCACGUGCUUUGUUCUUGCAGCAUUUUGAGGUCUAGGUGUCUCCCCGCUCAAAUGAUAUAUGGACAGUCCUCAUCUCAAUUGCAUGCUCUCAGCCAGUGGUGAAGUAAUUCCACGUUUCUUUGGAGUGGGCCAGGAUUUCCAUAGGACAUUUUGACUUCCGACAAAGUGGAUACCAGGUUGUUUUUUUUUAUUAAAUCCAGAGGGAUAAUUAGGUGAGUAAACCACAUACUGGGAAUUGAACUGUCAACCUGACAUUUCUAGCACUCUAACCACAACACCACUCAGCCAACAGUAACAUUGGCAGCUAUGACGUUGCAUUAAGUGAUUGACCAUCGUAGUAAUACAUUGGUAGCCGCACGUUAUAGACCAGUAUUGGCCAUUAAUGAUGGAGAAAAAACACUGAGUGGCUCUAAAAGAGUACUCUUUGGGUUAUGUUAAACGCGAAAUUUCUAAAUUCAGCAAUAUUAGGCCGCAAUCUAGUACAGUCUGUACAGCAUCUCUUCUGAUAGUCGGUCUCUGAUGUACUGCAUUCCUGCUCAGACAUCUACGUCUAUAAUAUUACCUCUUCAGCGUAUGAGUAGAUAUCUGCAUAUAUACUCGAGAGCACCAAACAAAAUUGGUCGGAUAAAAAAAAGGAUGGAUAAAAAAAGUAGGUUGAGUGUUGGGCCAUUGCGACUGAACUGUUGAGAAUGUACAUGAGGCAAGUGUACAGUGACCUCCGAUUCAAUGCGAUUAUAAAUUGGGAAUGGUGAAACGCUCUUGGCUUCAUGUUGUGCGGAGGGCUGGUGGCAAAGGCAAGCCGUAGGAGUUGCGCUCAGAAGUCCACGAUCGACAGGAAAGAGCUUGAACCCGAAAUUGUGUGGGAUAGCCAAAGAGCAGAGACCAUCGAGGGUAAUGUUUCGACUCGGCAGAAGGAAAAUGUGAUGUCGAGGCACGGUGGCAUCUUGCCUUUGAAUGAACGUGUAAUUGCUCAGUCCGUAUGUCAAGCCACGGUUUCUUGAAAUUGUGAGUGGAGACGUCUGGAGAGCACGAAACUAAAGGCCGCAGGAAUGAUUCUAGGAUGGUAAUAUUGCCACCUGCAGCUAUACAACAUUGUUUUACCUAGAACUCUUGUUCUAUACAUAAAAAAACGUUAUCUUCGCAAUAACCUGAAGGGAAAACAACAUUGUGUGGUUGUGUUAUAUACGGUAAUUAAUAAGGUUACUGUUUACACUCCAAACAGCAUUGUAUGUGUUGGUAGGCUUCGCAGUAAACCCUUGUACUGGUGUAUAGAUUUAUACAGUUAUUUUGUUUUACCCUUAAUGACAUUUGAGAACUUGUUGAGCUCAGAUCUCCCUUUCAAAAGUGAUGUUGUCACUGGCUUCUUAAUCCCAGUCUUGGGUAAUAAUUGAUAUAUGGUAUAUAGGAUGUUCAGAGUAAUUAUAGGUGUGUAGGGUUAAUUUGAAACCAGAAUGUCCUGAACAUCGUCUAUAUUUGCUUCAAUGUAUUUUAAUGUUUGAAAACAACUGCAUGAAUGUGGAAAAUCAGACAGAAUGUAACGGAGCUUUUUUCGAAAAUUUUAAAAGCCAGAUUGCCCGUAUACCGCAAUGCAAGACUACAGCGCCAUCUAUUGGGUAUAAGUGUGACUACAAGUACCUUGUACAAGUACCUUGCAAUUAUCUUAAAAGACAGGUACCAGUAAUACCGUGAUAGUUCCUGAUUUCCAUUGUGUAAUUAAAUUGUCGGUACUGCACGUAGUAUCGGUGGGUUGCUUUCUUGCGAUUGAAUUCAUGUCAUAAUUCUAAGAUAAUUCGAAAAACAAACUGAGGGUAUGAUCUCAGAAGUCUGAAUCAUUGUGGUGACAGAAGGCAAUGAAUAUUCGGGGAAUAUAUCAUUGUACAAAACCUUAAGUCAAGCAUAGCAACAUACGGUACCAUAUGUUGAUCUUAUUAAAGUAAUCGUGUCAGCCAGUAAACAGACUUGCUUCUUGCAAAUGCUAACACGAGAAUACAUUAUAUUACAUAGGAGCAGGAUAUUAUUUAUCCUCCAACAUUUCCCAGGACCCACCGAUCCACAGGGCGCUGCUCCAGUCCGUCAAGUACGGAAAUGGGAUUUUCUUUUCCCCCCAGAGCUCAGCGCUGGACAGCUCCGGCUAAAUUUAAGACCUGCCUGUAAGUAAUUGGAAAUCAAACUGAUAACUUUUUGGAGUAACCCUCCCCCAAACACUGACAUUUCUCUCUCGCGAGUAAGCAGACAAUCCUAGUAACGUGACACGUCAGCUCAGACGGGCUACGUUGUCGGUUGCAGGUUAAAACGAGUCGUCGCGGACACUUGCAGGAAAGCACACGUGUUUCGCUUGGUGACUGCACGCAGUUUUUAAGCGCUGAAGUGUUUUUGAGUGCGAACGGCCUGCAACGAGGGACAUCUAGCAGUGGGCUUGUGGGAUCUGUGUAUUGUCUUACCAGGGGAGCAAGGGACCAUGUUGCGGCAUGGGUAAACACAUCUGUUGUUGGACAUGCUGUUUUACGUACAAUAUAAUCCCGCAAUUAUACUGCGCGAUCUUACGUGUGAUGAUUAUGACGGUGAUGGCAGUGUAAAUGUCGUGCACGCCUGUGAUGAUUACGGAUGGCUUUGUGUCGUGUGUGCGUGCCGUGUGCGCGUUUGCAACGAGUGCUUUUUUGAGCGUGUGUGCCGUAAUUUUAAACAGUAUCCAGGUUAUGACCUUUUUUUUACCGAACGGCAAUAAACAUGACGUGGAAAAGCUGCCAAGCCAUUUCACGCACUACGUAACUGCAAUAUUUAACAUUGACACCACCAUAAUCACAAGAGAUCACGUAAUGUAUCCACCGCCCAAUCAAAUAAUAGUAAAUUAAAUCUAUACGACAUUCCUCACUCUGUGGGAUAUCCAAACAAUUUUAAUUGAGUAAUAAAUUGAGCAAGAAUGGGGAGCUAGCUGCUCACCUCUGUUUAUAGCCGUGUCAGUGAUUUAAAGUCCACGUUGCUAUGGAGGGGGGGGGGGGGUCAGCUGUCACUCUAUAGAAUGACCACUGUCAUCCUCUCACGAAGUACCAACUCUGGGACGAUUACGGGCCAAUUUGAAAUCCCCCUUUACACCGUGAGCAAGCUACCAAGUUGCAUGACUUACGAUUACAUUCAUCAUAAGGUUGAAUUAUAGUUUUUUUGUGCGACCAGAAGGAUUAAAUUAAAUUCCUUGGCUUCGUAAUCUUUUGAACUCGAAAUAUUCGGAUGCAAUUCGAGAUCUCUCAAACGGUGUAUCUAUAGGAAUGUUUAAAAUAUAUAUAUCCAAUUAUCACAAAAGGGUGUUUGACGUGUGUAACUGUCUAAAAAAGUGAAUUCUGACAUCACGCAUCAACAUGGAAUGUAAUCUUACCUUGAGGCAAAUCUUCACCCCCACAGCAUUCACCUGUAGCUUUGAUCCUCAUUGACACUGGUAUAUUAACUGCAAUGCGUCUGAUUUCACAACGUACACUGCAUUUAGAUAUAUGCAUGCAGCAGCUGUUUGGUUUACACCGGUAUACAACGAUCAUUUUGCUCUCCAAAUACUAGUUAUUAUUACCCUUUGUGUUUGGGGUUAAGGGAGUAACAUAGGUCCUUACCACGUGGGCUGAUUGAAAAGGUUGAAACUGAAAAGACAUUACAUUGCGUUUAAAAAAAAAACGUGCUGGCAUGUUUUCACGUUAUACCAAUAAACUGUGUAAGUAUAUAUGCAUGAGAGGCAGUCGUUAGACUUCGAGAGGAAAGACAAAGCGAUACCAAGAACAUGACACCCACACCAAGCAAACGCUCGUCAUAGUAAAACCGCUUCUAAUGUUGUACUAAUUAAACAACAAUGCGUCCAUUUAUGUUGAGGGCAACUGUCGUGAUGAGUUGCGUGGCGGGAGCGUGCCUACGUUUCAAUCGUCGCAUCUCUCGCACAUUGCGUCGUCGUAUGCUCGUGCCUGCAAGCAUACGCGCGUCUGGAGAUGCGCGCGCAGAGGACAGACGGGACAGAAAUUGAAUUUGCUCGUCCGUCGCAUGACGGAUGAGUGGGUUGGCAAUGGAUACGGCAUGGGUGAUGCUUCGUGUCCCAUUGCUUGCGUCCGCGUCGUUGUUGCAACCCCCCCCGCUCUCACCCGCACCAUCUCGACGCUGCUUUGGAGCGGUUACAUUUCAGCGUUGUACAUUUGUGAAUAGAUGCGGCCGUUGUGGUGGUGGUGAUGGUGGUGUGUGUGUGUGUGCUGCAGUGGUGGGUGCGUCUCUACCUACCCGCUGGGAGCCGGUAGUGAACGCGAUCGCAUACUAUACGCUCAUAACGAUGUUACGAUUAUACCCAAACUGGAACAAGUUAUUGUGGCCGAUGAAUGAUAAGUAUAAUAUGGUCCUGUUGCAUAUGGUGUAUUUUAAGAUGUGUAAUAUGUUUUUAUCAUUUUGUCACCAUUAUUACUAUUAACAUUUAUUUUUUACACUCGUAAAAUUAUUUUUCCUCGAACUAGACGAAGUGCCUUGUGUGUGAAUGGCUUUUCUGAGCAUCCGUGUGUUCUAUGCAUCGCACUGCAAGGAUAGAGAUCUUAAACGCCACUUGCUUUCAGUGCGCCCUGAGCCAGCCGUUUUCUCGUCUUGCCCUCACUCGUUUUGUGUUCCGUAUCCUCAUCGCGGUAGCCUCGUUUUUUUCGCAGCGUUUAGUUUGCCAAAACACGAAAAACACUUUUUGGUUUAAUGUAUAGCAUCGCAAUGAUUAUCUUUAAUAGUGGCCCUAAAAAUCGGUGGUGCAAAUUCCACUUUCUCGUGACGGUGGGCCAUUCUCACCGUAGGAGGGCACUGCUCUCCAAAAAGAUGGUACUCAUUUUAUUCAUCCUGGAGGUUAUAGAAUAUUAACUUAAUUUCGACUGACCACAGCUCCCAUCUGGCUGGUUGAUAACAGCACAAUAUUACCACUUAAACUUUGAAUAAAAAUGUGUAUUGCAUGGGUUUUGCCUCAGGAAUGGGGGACGUGGGGGGAUGGUGGGAGGAAAAUUCCCUUGGCUAGAGAAUUAAUUGGCCACUCUUGGGGAUUUAGCCGGGAUGUCAUUAUCAAUAUCAUUUAUCCUUAUCAAGGAGUCUCGUGGGAUCAUAAGUGUCUAUGUUAUUUAGAUGGGGACUCAUUUUCACAUCCCAUACAAUGAGAACGUACCUCUGUGGUACAUUUAUCAGUAUCGUCUUAGUAGGACAGUGAAUGACCUCCAGCCCAAAGGCAGACUGUGAGUCAAGCACUUUGACCACAGUGCCACUAGGCAAAAUAUAAAUGUCCCAACACAGCUAAACUUGUCCAUAUUAACCAGUUUAAAGGAGUGGUUGUAUUUAAUUUAACGUUGUGUAUUAAGAGGUGUGCAUGAGUCUUGCACACUUGUUAAAUGAUAACAUCAAUUACAUUAUACAAUGCUAGUUGAAUACUCAUUUACAGAACUCUCCUAGUGACCAGACCUGGGCAUUCUGGAAUACCCACAGUGGUUAUGGAGUGGCAUUUAAAUACUACCUUGCAGUGUGUGUGUGUGGCAUUAACCUUGGUCUGAUAGCUACGACAUAAACCGCCAACAGCAAACAUAGAGACAUGUUAAAAAAGUAUAUUUUUUGUUUUAUAUGGCAGCUUUAUGUGUGUGUGUGUGACGAAUUCACAUAUUGCUCGUAAAACAAGAUAACGCGUUAAGUGAUUCUCCAAUACAUAUUGCUCAUGACUUCUGGAACCUGUGGGUGUAGUGUUUUUAAAGAGAGUUCCCUAUAAUAGAUGAUUCAUAUAAAUAUGGUAAUGUACUUGAACUGAAGCACAUUACCCUAAUGCUGACAAUGUUGCAAAGGGUGUUGCAAAUUUUACUUUGCAAUGCUAUCAUCAUUCAUAGUGGAGUUGGCUUGAUUCAGUGCCAUCUAUAAAUAUAUUUGUCGCUAUUUAAAUGAGGGUUUGAUUAAAAGUCGGAAAGCAUUCUCUGGUAGUGUCACCUCGCUGAACUAGUCCAAACUUUGAGACAGACAUCGGGAAAAUCAAGUCCAAGGUACAUGAUUGAAUAGAAAACAAUUUCUCACCCUCUCCCAAUAUGGAAAUGUUUUCAAACAUGACAAUGUUUUGAGAAACUGCUCAUAUAAAUAUCUAAAUAUUACCUAUGCUUACAUAAGUUCGCAUAACAAGCUUGAAUGGGGGCAGGGACCACGUAUAAACUUUAGACAGUAAAGUGAUAAGCAUGAAAGUAGGAUUUUGGGCUACGUACUCUAAAAUAUAUGACUACAUUUUCAACAUCAUAACUUUUGCAAUGGGUCCAUGAUUAGAAGGUGGAAAAAUUCUAUUUUCAUUAAUAUGCAUGACUAAUGAUAACCCAACAUCUAUGACCAAUAUCCGAAAGGACCUCAUAGUUUCAUGCUACAUAAGCGUCGUGGCUCAGCCUAUGAGAACACAAGAGAUAUUUAGUUUCUUGAAACAUUGUAUCGGAAAACCUGGUUUUUGGCUGCUGUAUGGGCAGUAGCAUGGAAAGAAGUGGCACCGUCUAGUAUAGUAACACUCAGGAAUUAGGCUCUUGACAAGUGAAAUGUAUCGAUAGAUGUUCAAUAUUUUUGGCCAACAAAUGGAAUCUCUGGAAUUUCACUGGCUAAACUGGGAAAUCCUACACUUGUACCACUUUGAAGUGGCCUAAGAAGAAGCCUCUUUAGGCCACGAGCCUGGAACAGAUAUUUUCACUCGUCAGUAACACCUUAGGUGGCAUUACAUUCAGUGGUUCCAGUGUAUUUUUGUGGACGACUG